CUGCGGGGUGAGGUUGAGGGCAUCCGCCGCCCCCAUCAUACGCACUUGUCCCGCGGGGCCAGGUGGGAAUAGGGGCUCUGGGGGCGUGCUGAGCGUCGGCUUUUCCUAAGCGUCGGUUACGGUUGACCCGAACCGGUUCAGACGUCGCAAUUCCCCCUGAGUCAAUCUGGGAAAGUGAACCAAGAUUCGCGACAUAGUCUCCCCGUCUUAUCUAUUCCAUCCAAGUCACUUUGAGGACAAGUUUCCAUUGUACGAAGACAGUGCAUUGUAUUCACGAUGGCAUCCGUGGGCAAGGAGGAUCUGUCGGUGCCCGAGCAGGUAGAAGUCAAGGUUGUCGGUGAGAGGACAGAUCUCGUUAGGAGAUUCUCCCUCCUAUCAUGUCUGGGUAUGGCGUUCGCCAUGUUGAACAGUUGGACCGGUGACCUCUCUCUUGUGCUUCCAUCAGGAGGUAGUAUCAGUAUGGUCUGGGGUCUGGCCGUGUCAACACUAGGCACGUUGGCCAUGUGUGUCUCAUUGGCCGAGGUUUGUCACAUUUUCCCAGCCGCCGGCGGCCAAUAUGAUUGGGCAUAUCUCUUGGCACCGGCGAGAAUGAAGAACGGUCUUGGAUACUUUGUCGGAUGGAUGGCUACUGCUGGAUGGGUGGCUCUGCCCGCGACUGGCUCCUCAUUGGGCGCGAAUUUCAUUGUUGGAAUCAUCUCCCUUUGGUACCCUGAUUACGAGGCGCAACGCUAUCAGACCUUUCUCAUCUACAUGGCAUUCACCAUCGGUGCAUUCUUGCUCAACAUGUACUGUGUCAAAAUUCUGCCAUUUGUUGAGCACAGUGCGUUCAUCUGGAGUCUCGUGGGGAUCGUUGUUGUCAUCAUCACUCUCCUCGCAUGCCAACAUGGCGACUAUCAAUCCGGAAAGGCAGUCUUCGCUACAUUCACCAACCAGACGGGCUGGCCUGAUGGUAUGGCUUUCAUCCUCGGUCUCCUGCAAUCUGUCUUCGGCCUCACUGGUUUCGAUGCUGUCAGUCACUUGGUCGAGGAGAUGCCCCGCCCGUCGGUCAAUGCACCAAAGGUCAUGAUCAUUGCCGUCCUCCUUGGAGCCUCGACUUCAUGGGUGUUCACCGUUGUCCUUCUCCUCACUUUAACCAACGUCGAAGAAGCCAUCAACUCGGCAGCCGGUCCUCUUUUGGAAAUCUACUACCAAGCCGUCUCAAAUCGGGCUGGCGCCACAUGCCUUGUCAUGUUCAACGUCGGAGCCAUGGCAUUCGCAACUCAGGGUCUGAUGACUGUCGCCAGUCGUAUGGUCAUGACACUCGCUCGAGACCAAGGUGUUGGCCAUCUCUCUCCGUGGUUGUCACACGUCAGCCCUAGGCUUGAGGUGCCGACUUGGUCCAUCAUUUUUACCACCAUCUGGGUAAUCAUCUUUGGACUCAUCUGUAUCAUCUGUUUCACAUUCGUCUCGAUCCCCGCUCAUAUUCUAGUCUGCUUGGUCGUCUUCAGGGGCAACAAGGUCUUUGCCGACCAGCCUCACAAAUACAGCUUGGGGCGCUGGAGAAAACCCAUUGGAAUCUUUGCAAUGAUUUUCCUCUUCGUCACCAGCAUCUGCUUUGUCUUCCCUCCUUUCAUUCCUGUCACAACAGGGACAGACAUGAACUAUGUCAUUGUUGUCGUGGCGAUGGUCGUUCUCCUCUGUGCUGGCUCCUGGUUCACUCACGGACGGACCCAUUAUCACGGUCCCUGGGAGCUAGAGAAGCGAGUCCAGACUGCCCGUAUGCUUUGAUAUUACGCUAGUCGUUGUGAAACACCAUUAUGUUGAGAAUCUUGUCGACGAGCAAUGCUGUAGAGUCCCAGUAAAACAACCUAUGCAGACAAUACAUUGAAGACUCUAGGGAUGUAUUGCGACUCUUUCCCUUCGAUCGGGUCUCGACGGAGAUGUCCG